AUGUCUGUCAUCGACGCGACCGCACCUCCCGUUGAGUCCACGACCAUCACCCGAGAAGACGGUAACGGCCAUUCCGAUCGACGACGACAACAACAACAACAACAACAACAACAACAGCACCACGACCACGGAUCGGCGACGUCGGUCAGCGCCGGAGGAGUGACGUUCGACGACUUGGACGACACGGACGAGACCGUAUCCAUCGUCGUCGACGGUGUCACUGAUCGGACGCCACUGCUGACUCGGAGGGUUACGUACCAGGACGAAGACGGAAUCUGCAACGACCGCGGCACGGACAGAGUCGUCGUCAUCGACGGGCAAGUAAAUCUCUUCCGAAUUUACGAACCGGUCGCUAUAACACACAUAUCAUUAUAUUAUUAUUUAUUUAAGUCACGGACAACAUCGUCCAUGACGGUUUGA